AUGUUUAGCACCGAGCCAUCAGGGCUUGAAGCUCUUCUCCACCGGCCACGACCCACUCGAUGGCAGCAUUUCGCCUCAAACCCGAUCAUCUACAUCUCACAGCUGAUAUACAACCUGCGCCCUAUUCCAAAAAGCAAUACCGCUUCUACGAUUACAACGGGAAGCUUCAAUUCCCCGGUAACCGUCGUGUGUAUAUCAGACACGCACAACUGUCAACCGCACAUUCCAGAUGGCGACAUAUUAAUCCACGCCGGAGACCUCACACAAUCGGGCUCCCGCGAAGAACUCCAAGAGGCGAUCUCCUGGCUCAAUCGGCUACCGCACAAGUACAAAAUCGUCAUCGCCGGCAACCACGAUAUCUCCCUAGACCCCGCCACAUACACGCUCAAGGAGCACGACCUGGUCCAGCUCUCGCGCGAGCUCGUCUGGGGAGAUGUGAUCUACCUCCAAAGCUCCAGCGUCAAGCUCACAUUCUUCGGAGAGAACAAGCGCGAGAUCUCCGUCUACGGGAGCCCCUUUUCUCCCAGGCACGGGAACUGGGCGUUUCAGUACCCCCGCCGCGGUGACUUCUGGCUUGAAAGUAUUCCGGAGGGGACGGAUGUCUUGGUCACGCAUGCGCCGCCGCGGGGCCACCUUGAUUUGGGGUAUGGGUGCGAGAGUUUACUGCGCGAGCUGUGGCGGCUGAGGUGCAGGCCUGGAUUGCAUGUGUUUGGGCAUGUGCAUGAGGGGUACGGGGUGGAAGUUGGGGUGUUUGACGGGUUGCAGAGGGUGUAUGAAGGGGUGGUGAUGGGGCGGGGGAAUCGAGUCUGGGGACUGAUAAAGAUGCUGGGUGAGUUUGUGAAGGUGUGGGUGAGGAUGGGAUGGCGACGUGAGAAUGUGAGAAGGACGAGUUUUGUGAAUGCUUCGAUCGUGGGAGGCCUGCUUGAUGAAGAGAGCAGGGAACCGGUGAUUGUUACGAUUUAGCAUUUGGGUGGCCCCCCCGUGGGUUUAGUUAGUUAACUAACUACAUAGUUGAUGCCUGCGACUGGUUGGCAUGGUGAAUUCACAAAACAAACGAAAACAGCCAAC